AUGAUGCAGAUGCUUGAUCACAAUAGCUAUUCAUCAAGAAACCACCAACCUUUCCAGUUCUUUCCCCAGCAAACUCUCGACGGCACCUCGAGUACGAAUAACGGCUUUAACCGGUCAACACUCUCAACAUUAGAUACUGCCGCCGCCGCCAUCGCCGCUUCUCAGCGACACAGGACGCCUGCGACAUCCUCGUCGCAACAGAGCUUUGAGGGGGGAAGCAACAGCCAAAGUCUGACCCAGGUUCCCGACUUGAUGCCGUCAGACUCGUGGAUGCUUCACGGUAGUCAACAAACCCCUAGAGCAGCACAUCGCUUUAGUCAUCAGCGCGAAUCCUCUCUCUCGUCGCUAGGAUCCAACGGUCCAGCAUCGCCAUACAAUGCCAGUACAUCGAAUCCGCAUAUCGCUGUCCCCGAUUCAGGGAAUGACGGGUAUCACGACAUAGGAGGUGGCGAAAACAACUACGCAUACAGCAUGGGAAAGCCUAUGAUGCCUGAUAAUUUCUACGCCAACGCCUUGUUCAACAACCGCGACAGCAAUAUUACUAAUGGUAACAGUAAUAACUACCACAAUAACCGUAAUAUCAUCAGCGGUCAGCAUAUGUCGCGCGAUGUAUCCUCGGUUGAUGGCUUGCCAAACCUAGCGAAUCAGCAGCAACACAAGUCAAGGGUUGACCGAGGCUUAGCCCCGGCUCCCGAGUUAUCAAUUGGUGGUGGUGCUUCUUCUGCUAGAUCUCACCCAGUUUCGGUGGCGAGUUCAGUUGCAGGUGACUCACCCGCGACACCGUCUUUCCACGAGACCGAAGACGAUUGCCGAAGAUCAAGGAAUGGUGAGGCCUCCAUUAUAUCGCCCUUUCUGUGCGAUUCCGAUCCUGACUUUGACAACUACUUACAACUUUUUGAUGACGCAGUUUUUCACAACCCACAAGUUCCUAAGUUAGAUCGCACUAUGACCGACAUCUAUAACGACGAGCUUUAUAACCCAAACUUUACCAUAACGUCAGCUUCUCCACCGCCUCAGACACAGAUGGCGAUGUCGCCAAGUAACGACUUGUUCGCUCAGAGACUCCAGGCCGCCAACAGUCAACAUCUGAGCGUAGUACAAUCGCCUGUCUCGAGCACAUCGCGAGAUGACCAGUCUCCAUUCAGACAGGGCUCACCGUACGCCUCCGCUAUCAACGAUUUCCCUCAGGUGGGUGUGGAGCAGAUGCACAUCGGAUCGGCUCGACAGAUGAACCAGCGGCUGAAGGCUGAACGAGACGACAAGGAACUACAGCAACAAAUGGCGCGCAACUCUGCGCAGCAGCAAGGAACACCAAACACGAUCUCGCCAAAGGAUGCGAUGCUUGACUUCAACGAGUCGGAUGAUGGUUCUAACAUGCCGCUAUUUCAGCCGCAUGAGACCAGCAGUUACAGCAUGGAGCCUACGAACAACGGGGCCACACAUACAGCGUCUAGGACCAUCUCUCAACAUUCAAGCCCAUCUUUCCAGUCAAUGGCGUCGACACCAAUACAGGCCGCAUUUAACUUCUCUAUGCCGAGCAAUAUACAGAUGCCACAACAGUAUCCUUUCAUUGCGCACCGACAACAGCAACAGCGCUCGACCCCUACAGCCUCGACAUAUUCAAGGGUGAGCUCGACCGAAGCCAGCAACUCAGAGGGUGGCGAUAUCCCAAGCCAGAAACCAGCUGGGUCUGGUGCGGAUGGAGGUACUUACACUUGUACGUAUCAUGGGUGUACGCUACGGUUUGAGACGCCAGCAUUACUACAAAAGCACAAGCGCGAGGGGCAUCGACAAGCCAAUGCCUUAAGCCACGUCAGGUCAUCCCCGACAACAACGAGUGGAAUGUCUGGCAACGUACUCAACAGUCAGGCUGGGCCGCACAAGUGCGAGAGGAUAAACCCGAGCACGGGAAAGCCAUGCAAUACGAUAUUCUCUAGGCCUUACGAUCUUACGCGACACGAAGAUACGAUUCACAAUGCACGUAAGCAAAAAGUCCGCUGCGACCUCUGUACGGAAGAGAAGACAUUUAGUCGGGCAGAUGCGCUUACAAGGCAUUACCGCGUCUGCCACCCGGAUGUGGAAUUUCCGGGCAAGCAUCGGAGACGUGGUGGUGUUGGCAUAUGA